AUGCUGCUGGUGCGGUGCCCCUCCGCCACCUACCCGCGGGGGCGCGACAUGCAGCGGGUGACGUGCGGCAGCACCGGCAGCUUCUACUACGACGACGGCGACGACGCCAAGAUGACGUUCCUCUUCGACAGCACCCGGCACCCCACCAACUGCCAGACGCAGGCGCACCCCGCCGCACCGCACGGCCAGGAGGUCCUGGCGCACGCGGCUCCGCACGAGCCGGCCGGCCACGAGGCGCCGAGCCCGGCCGCCGCCGGCGCCCUCCCCGCCGGGGCGCGCCCCGCGCGCGCCCGCGUCGGCGCCAAGCGCGCGGUCGCCGCGGCUGGGGGCGACCCGCUCCUGUCCCCGGCGGGGCCCUGGCAGGGCCUCACCGGCGAGGCGGCGGACGACGCCGACGCCGACGCCGACGGCGUGGACGACGACGACGGGCCCGCGGCGGGCGCCGAGGAGGAGGUCGUGCUCUCCGCGGCCGCGGGCUCCGCCGGCCGCGCCGCGGUGCUCGUCGAGCCCUCCGGCGGCGUGCUGCCCGUCGGGGCGGCGGGCCGCGCGGGCGCGGCGGGCCUCGCGGGAGGCCUCGUCGAGGGGCCGCCGGCGGCCCGGCUGCCGGGCGCGGCGGGCGGCCGCCAGGGACGGCGCGGCGGGCUGCAGGCGCAAGAGGCGAGCCUCUUAGAGAGGACCUCCAGGCCGAAGGCCGCGAACGUCUCGGCGCUGGAGCCCUUCAGCGAGCAGGAGCUGCUGGCGCGGCUCGAGCGCACGAGGCUGCUCCUGGAGUCGCGGUAG